CCGCGCUAGGCCCGGGAGCCGCAGCCGGGCCUCCUGUCGGGCGCUUGCAUGCUUGCAUGUCUUUGUUGAAUUCUCCCCCGCGGGGCCCCGUUUUAUUUCCUCCUCCUGACACGACACUGUACCAAAGCAAACUGCAGGUCCCGUAUGAAAUACGUCGCAUUUAUAUAGCGCGUUCCCUCGUCCUUUAACGCACUUUACAGCAUGCAUUAUUUUAUGUUGCGACCUAAGCAAUAACCCUGUAAGUUUUCCAUAGAUGGAGAGAGAAAAUAUCCCAAAAUAGAAACUCAGAAUGGUUGAAGUAGAGAAUUAACAUUGCCACAAAAAGGGCAAAAUGUUCUGUUCCUGAGAAUUCUUAAUGGACCUCUAAUUUCACUCUUGAAAUGGAUAAUGCGAAGACCAGUUCUGGUAGUCUAAUGGAGAUGCUUUUAGCACAAGAAUCCAUGUUUCAACUACAAGAAUCCAGAUCCUAAACAUUUUGCUUGGAAGAUGCUAGGUGCAUGUGGUAUGCAGAAAUGUCACCAAGAAGCCCUGAAAAAGAAUCGUGUGUCACUAGCAAAGCAGCUAGUGCUGAAGGAACUGCUGGAACACCUCAUAGAGAAGGAUGUUAUCACUGAGGAGAUGGUGGAGACUAUACAGGCCAAGGCUGGGAAUUUUAGCCAAAACAUAGAAUUCUUGAAUAUACUACCUAAGAGGGGGCCAAAAGCCUUCUCAACUUUUUGUGAAGCUUUACGAGAAACUAAGCAGAAGCACUUGGAGGAAAUGCUCCUGAGCACCAUCCAGAGCAGUGGGACUACAAGGCUGAUUCAACACUAUGAGGAAAGUCUGUCACUUCCUCUGCCUGAAUCAGGAAUCUCUCAAAAAAGGCUGCGUUUGCAUGAAGCAGAGGCAAUGGAGCAUUCCUUGGAUAAUGGAGAUGGUCCCCACUAUCCCCAGGUGAAGCCAUGCACCCAGGCAUUCUAUGAUACUCAUGAGCACCUGGCAUACAGACUGAUCUCACGUCCACGGGGCCUGGCACUUAUACUUAGCAAUGUGCAUUUCAGUGAUGAUGCAGCUCUGGAGUACCGUUCUGGUGGGGAUGUGGACCAUACUGCCCUAUAUAUGCUCUUCAAACACCUUGGGUAUCACGUGAUUGUGAGGCAUGAUCAGACUGCACAGGAAAUGCAGGAGGAAUUGAAAAUUUUUUCAAAAUUACCAAAUCACCGAGACCUGGAUUCCUGCAUAGUGUCCCUUCUCUCACAUGGCAUAGAUGGUGGUGUCUAUGGAGUGGAUGGCAAACUUCUUCAGUUGCAAGAGAUUUUCAGGCUCUUUGAUAAUGCAAACUGCCCAAGUCUUCAGAAUAAACCCAAAAUGUUCUUCAUUCAAGCAUGCCGAGGAGAUGAGACAGACCAGGGAGUGGACCAAAUAGAUGGGAAUGAGCGUGCCGACUCCCCAGGUUGUGAAGAAAGCGAUGCUAAUAUGAAGGAGAAUCCCAAGUUGCGCCUUCCCACUUGCUCUGAUAUGAUCUGUGGAUAUGCUUGUCUGAAAGGCACAGCUGCCAUGAGAAACACGAAACGUGGAUCUUGGUAUAUAGAAGCUCUCACCUCUGUGUUUGCUGAGGACUCCAGAAAUACACAUGUGGCUGAUAUGCUUGUGAAGGUGAACCGGUUAAUCAAGCAGCGAGAAGGCCAUGCUCCUGGCACAGAGUUCCAUCGCUGCAAGGAGAUGUCAGAGUACUGUAGCACUCUUUGCCGGGACCUUUACUUGUUUCCAGGUGUUUUUCCUGGGAUUUAACCCUGCCAUCUUUUUAUCCUGAGGGCAUGAGUAGAGGCGACUUCCUCAAUGGUCUAAGUCUGUGGAAUGUUCUGAUUGCCCUGAAGCUGUAUGUAGAAUGACCUCCCUGAGGAGGUCCAGGGCUUAUUUUUCUUCAUGGCGUUUUGUACAGAAUAUAAAACCAACCAAUUUCAGGAAGUGGUUGCCUGAUGAGUUUGGCAUAUAGCAGCUGCUGUUUUUGUAACUGAGUUUUUCUGGUUUUACUGGGGGAUUUGUGUAUUAUGUGAGCCACCUUGAUCUGUGGAAAGAUAGCAUUUGAAUUUUAUAAUGGUUGGAUAGGCCAGUCCACUUAUUCUCUGUGCAGUCCUAAUAUUGUGUCUCAUACAGCAUCUGGCAGCCGUUAAUGCCUGAAGCCCAGUUCACUGUUUAGAAUCUUAGUUUUCUGUUUGUGUGCCAAAGGUUGGGAGUGAUGGGGAACACAUUAACAGUUACUGAUCUGUGGGCAUUUAUAGAAACAGGAAUGUUAAAAAUCAUUCACAAUGAUUUUUUUUUUAAAAGAAGAAAUGAGAACAUAAAGGGUUUAAAAAAAAAGAAUUAUAGUUUUAUACAUUGAAUUUUAUGCUUUAAGAAAAAAAUCGAGUUCUUUUGCUUGGUUGUCCAUGCAACUGGCAAAAUAAAAGGAACUCUCAGCUUGAAAAAUGAAUGAUGUGCCGACUAGUAAAGCUAAUUAAGAAUAGCUGGGCCAAUGUUAAAGUUGUUCUCUAGUAAUAUUCUCUAGUGCUAGCAUCCAACUUGCAGGUUGUUUUAUUAAAAACAAAUGUUGUUUCUGCUUGCUGUUUGCCAUAUUUUUUUUCUUGGAAUUUGAGAACUAUAGUGGAAAAUGCACAAGAGCUUACAAGCAAUCAGAACGGAUUUGCAUUCUACAAGAUACUUCUGACUAGAUCAGAAGCGAUUUUGUGUUUCAGGACUUUACUGUGGUUAUUCCCAUGAUUCCAAAUGUUAGGAUAAGAAACUAUGUGCAGACUUGCAAUUUUAUGCAGAGUUCACCUGCUUACUCUGAGUUUUAGUUGCCUGUUUUGCUUACUCACCUCUCCCAUUACCCUUGGUUCCACGUAGCCCAUGCACUCAACUGAGUAUCUGUGGGGCUCUGGUCCUCCCCGCUUUCCUACCUGCAAAGAAGUAUCAGCUUUAGGCUUGAGAAAGAAGAAGCAUGCUGGCUAAGUGUUGCUGUGUAUCGGGCAGCAUUAAAAGCAAAUACAGGUUUGACUGCUUCCUUAUGUAGAAACGUGAGUGAGAGUGUAUAGGUGUAGUUUUCCACUUGGAUGCGUUCACCUGGAAACAAUUGCGGCUUGCCUUGGGUGAGCAGUAAAAUAGAGGUCUGGGCCAUUGAUGUGACUCUUUGGAAUUGCUCCAUGUGAACAGAGACUUAGCUAUACACAUUUUUCAAUAAGUCACUCAGGUCACGGUGCUAUGUACAUGGCUUCUUAGGCACCUGCAUUGUUGCUUUAAUAGUUUUUCUGGUGAUUUCAAAAGUAUUACUGUGUUUAAAAAUGUAUCUUUUAAAAUAAAGGAGAAUGGCUGGCCUUAGCCAACACUCUGGCUUCUCCAGUCAUGGGCAACUGAAAAUCUUUGUACUGGAAAUCUUUUGCUACCUAUGCCCACAGCUAGUGUGUGCAGUGGGGGGGAAGGAGGAGAUCACGGCUGCAAACCAUCAUUUGUCAGAUCUGCCUAUGCAUUAUUUUUUCCAGUAACAUCAUUGGUCCCUUUUUGUUGUUGUUGUUGUUAUCUUGGGAAAUGAAGAGGGCAAAAUAUCAACAGCCAGUUAGUUUCAUUUAUAUGUAUAGCAGCUGGCAUCUGGGUUGCUGCAGAUGUCGAGAAAUAGGGUUAUUCACUUAUCUUGCUCCUAGAAAACCCUGCUGGCUCUUAAACUUUGCAGAUAUUUAUACUGUAGUAUACUCUUUUUUAUUGUCCUUUUAAAAAAAAACAACUUUUUAAAUAUAUGUUGUGUUUUCCCCUACACCCUUAUUGGUUUGUACCCAGUGACAGUAUGCUUAUGCCAGUUUGCUUUUAAUUGACUUAGGUGACUUUUUGCCUUGGUUACUCUCUGAUUCCCCUGGCUUUCGCCCAAGGUUUUGUAAAGUAAUUUUAAUAGGAUUUUUUUUUGUAAUAAUCUGUCAGGAAAAAGAAAUAAUAUAGGGACAGGCCAGAAGGCUGAGCAUCCAUGUUCUUUGUGUUACUCAGUGGAUAUGAAGGCCCUCUGUUCCCACACUACAGCUAAAAUUAUGCAGUUAGACUGUGUGCUGCAGCUGUGGAGGAAUAAGAAACAUUUUAGAGCCAGUUGGACAGCUUGCUCUUGAGCUCAGUAUGGCAAUUCAAGAGUUCUUUCCUCUAAGUAAAAAAAAGACAAAAUAGAGAGAGGGAGCCCUCUCCACAAAUUGGUGCUUGAUGACUGUAUCAAUGCAGCUGUCUCCUCUUUGCUUGUAAAAGGAGAAUCCAGCUCUUUAUCACUGCCACUUUUGAUAAUAAAGCUUUGUAUAUAGACUGCCCCAAUGUGCCAAAAUAAAGUGAUCUCAUUUUUCUCACAAA